AUGUAUCUCGCUGUCGCCGAAGGAUAUUUGGAUGUGGUUCAAGCAAUGAUCGAGUUCAAGUGUGUUUCCACCGACGGCAAGCUGCGGUGCCCAUUUCAAUUGGACGUCUACUGUACUCGCGGCAGGACCCCGUUCAUGCUGGCAGCCUUCAAUCAAUCAAUUCCAAUGUUAAAUCUUCUUCUGGAUGCCGGCGCCGACAUCAACCUCCCUCUUGCCGUGCUCGAUUCCGAACAGAGUGUGGAAGAAGGCCGCUGCAUCGGUUCGGGCGCCCUUGUCGAAGCCGUUCGCUCCGACUCGCUUCACACUGUGCAUUUUCUGCUCGACAAUGGCGCACUCGACACCGACAACAAGGCGUUGCGUCUCGCCGCUGACAAUAAGAACGAGAAGAUUAUUCGAGUGUUCCUCACUCGUCUCGUCUUCCCCGAUCCCGAAUAUAAGAUCAACAAGAAGAAUAUCGAUGUCGGUCAGAUUCCUAUCGGACAGAGUCUUCUACCAUCCUCUCUAUGCCCAUCGAAAGCCGCUCAGCUGAAUUGGGGAAGCGCGAAUUUGGAUCAAGUGCAGUCGGAUUGGUUCAUCGCGGCCGCUCUUCAUGUGAAUCCAAGGCUUCGAACGACGAGGCUUUCUUUGGCCGCUAUUACCCGAAUCGACUUAUCCGCGAAUCGUUUAACCGUUUUCCCGGCAAUCCUUUUUCAAAUGCCAUCCCUUCGCGCCAUCAAUCUAUCCGACAACAGUAUUCGUACAAUUGAGAUUCCGACGUACUACAUAAGCUCGACAUCUCUGGAGAUUCUCAACCUUCGCAAUAAUCAGCUUGAAUGUCUGACACCUCAAUUCCUUGCCUCGAUACCACAACUGCAAAUUCUCGACGUCUCGAAGAACGAGCUCAGCCAAUUGCCAGAAUACAUCUGGCUGUGUCCAGCUCUCAAAGAGCUCAACGCCUCGUUCAAUCGACUCAGCACACUGCCGAUGGUGGCGGCGAGGAGUUCUCGAGGUGAUCGACCGCGAAUACAUCAAGGACUGUUGGCUUCGAAUAACACUUCCACCAUCGAUGUGCCAGCCAUUGAUGAGCCGCCAAACGUUACCAGCAACCCGCUAAAACGGCAAAACGUAUGGCAGGCCAGUAUAAAUCUAUCAAAAGUCGACGACGAUUCGCUGUUCCCCGAUUUCCCCGUCACUUCCUCCAACACCUUGACGAGUAUCAAUUUGUCGCAUAAUAAGUUCCACACGUUCCCCUACUGUCUCGCCUGCACUUGUCCGCGUCUACUGACACUGAACAUGUCGAACAACUCGAUGACGUCACUACCACCCAUGGCAUGUGUUCCGGCCCAUCUGCGGACAUUGGACAUGUCGUACAACAAGAUUCAGGAGAGCUUCGUACAAGCCACCCGCUUGCAUACCGUAUGCCACGCGGUCCCACCAAGCACAUCAAAUGGGUCGAUAUUGCCGAGAAGGAUUAACAGUCCAGCUAGGCAACAAAGGAGUCGCUCUAAAUCCGCGGUGAGGUCUCAACGCUCGUUGAGCGUUUCCCGACACCAGCCUAUUGACGCCAACACGGAAGAGGAAUGCGUUCAUAAGCGGCACGAUUCGCUUGAAUGGCUCAAAACAUUAAAUCUAUCUGGAAAUCGCCUAAAAACGUUGUCGCUUAUCGCCACUUCGGGCAAAGUGCUUCUUCCAGUCCUCAAUGUUUUGGAUUUGAGCGAUAAUAAGCUACCAGCGGCGCCGUCGGACAUCUCGAAACUCGCGCUGCUCUCGGUGCUCAAUUUAUCCGGCAACACGAAUAUCAGGGAGCUUCCGCCCGAUUUUGGCCAAUUAUCUCGAUUAUGGUCGCUUUCGCUGAAAGGCUGCACGUUGAAAGAGCCGCUCGAAAGUAUGGUGAACGUCGAGAAUUGCAAAACCGUCGAAAUUGUCGCCUAUUUGAAGACGAUUCUCGAAGAAUCAAAAACGUAUCGCCAUUUGCGAUUGAUGAUAUUCGGCGGCGACGGUGUCGGAAAGAGCACAAUUUGGGAUGGGCUGCGGAAUGAGGCGGCCCAAAAACGCCAACCGACGACGUCGGAGAACGGUACGAUUCGAGUUGCCGAGUGGAAAUACGAAGCGAAACGAUCGAAAGGCGAUCCACAACUCGGACCGAUUGGCAUCACCGCGUGGGAUUUCGGAGGACAAAGAGAGUACUACGCCACUCAUCAAUAUUUCAUUAGUAAACGAUUAUUGUCAAUAGUGCUUUGGAAAGUUACCGAUGGUGAUGAAGCGCUAUCACAAAUCGAUUAUUGGCUCACGAAUAUUCAUGCUCGCGCACCAAACUCGACUGUUCUUCUAAUCGGCACGAAUUGCGAUCAAAUCGGCGCGAAUUCCAAUAAAUUCCCAGCCGGCUAUGUGGAAGAAAUGGAGAAUAAGGUCCGAAGCCGCUAUAUGAUUUCCGAUGCUGAUAAAUCGGGAUUGCCAAGAGUGCUCGACGUAUUUCUGAUGAAUGCAACGUCGAAGCACGAUAUUCGCAUUUUGCUGACGACGAUCUACAAGACAUCUUGGGAAGUGCGCGUCGGCAAGGAACGCGCAUUGGAGCAGCAGAUACCAUCGUCAUACGUUGCGUUGAUGAAGGUGACGAGAGAACUCGCGUCGGAAUUCCAAAAAGACAAGUCGCCGGCGGUGAUGACCGUCGAUCAGUACAAGGAGAGGGUGAAGAAGCGGAUGACGGGAAAGUACGGAAGGCCGUUCAGGGACGACGUCGAAUUCUACGGCGCUUGCACAUUUUUACACGAUUGCGGCGAGAUUGUGAGAUUCGAGGACGCCAACCUUCGCGAUUUGGUCUUCAUCGAUCCACUUUGGCUCGCCGAAUUUCUCACCUCGAUUGUAGCGUUGAGAAGCCCUAGCCAGCCGGCCGGUCUUCUCAACAUGGACGCGAUUGCGCCGCUGACGAGAUCCUUCAAAUCGGGCGCCACACAAAUGCUCAAAAAUCAACUUCUUGAUGUUCUUCACAAAUUCGAGUUGGCGUUGGCGAUUCAACCACGCCAACUCCUUCUUCCGUCGCUUCUUCCCGACGAAUACCAACUCCGCGCGGAUUUCUUGUUCUCAGCGGUCAAAAUCAAGAUGAAGCUCGCCAAAUGGGCGGUACGAUCGCCUAGCCCUACGGGAACACCGUGUUCGCCGCCACCGCUCAAGUCGCCAUUGAAACGGACCAAUGAGAUUUCGAGCGCUGAAGACGAUGUGAUGCUUCAAUUCACCUAUGACGACGAUCAGCUUCUUCGACGAAUCUACGCAUUAGCCUAUAUUCCUUCGGGAUUCUGGAGCAGAUUGAUUACCAGAAUAAUGGGGGACAAGAACGUAUGCGCUGCUAUCGAAUCGGUGUUCAUGACGACGUCAGCUGACUGCGCGAAAAUAUCCGAUAUAUCAACGAGGCAUGCUCGCGCCGAAUGGAUCGUCUGGCAGACGGGAAUCGAACUUCACGUCAAAGGUCAUUCUCUGUUUACUGUCAAACAGUUCCUGCCGCUAGCUGAGACGCGUGACAUCGACUACAGUAGCUUCGACAUGCGAGCCAAGGAUGAACAGAAACGAUGGCGGACGUGGAAUUGCGCGAAUCGGCCGCUCAUCGAGAUUCUCAUUUCAUCGUUGAGCAUAUCAACGGCUUACCACGAGCAAAAAUUGUCGAUGAAAACUGAUGUGGAAGGACGAAGUCGGCUAUUGGCUCUGAUUACUGAUCUACUCGACACUUUGCUAGAGGAUUGGUAUCCAGCUCUCGGAACCCGAUUUGUGCACUCUUCUGAAGGCGAUCUGCUAGUAUCGCGCUAUGUGCUGUGCGGUCACUGUGUUAAAGACGCUCAAAAAUCGAAUACACACGCGCCGACGAAUCGCCGAUCGCAAGAUGACGCGGAGAUUCUCAAUCACAGCAAUGCGAUACAUUUGCGCAAUUCGAAGACGACCGGCGACAUUUCGAACAUUCGCGGCGUCAUUCAUUGUUUCGUCAUCGAGGAGUGCAUGCUAGCCGGCCGAGAAUACGGAUGGCUUGAAUGUCCAUCGCACGGCGGCCUUCAUAUGAGAGAGCUCGCGCCCGACACGGUGUUCGCCGACAUCGAAUCGUCGCUUAUGAUUCCCGUCGAACAAGUCAAACGCGGUCGAAUGUUGGGCCGCGGCGCGUUCGGCUUCGUGUUUCGCGCGACAGUACGCCAACAUCACGGCGAACUGUGCGAGGUGGCACAGAAAAUGCUCGAACCUGUCGAUCCGGGACAAGGUGGGCGACCUUCAGCGAUCGCUGCCUAUAAGGCGGCCGCCGACAAAUGGCGACGAGAUGCUUUAGAGUUUGCAUGCCGCGCCUACUGCACUUCUCGUCAAGAGCUCAGCCUUCUAAGCCGAAUGAAGCACCCGAAUGUUAUCGGAUUAGUCGGAGUGUGCACUUCCCCGUUGUCUCUUAUCGUCGAGCUUGCACCAUUGGGCUCGUUGAACCAACUUCUGGCCUCACAUAGGAAAAGCGGCACGAAAUUGUCUCUCGGCGUUAUCAAAGAAUCGGCGGUUCAAGUCGCACGCGCUCUCGAAUACCUACACUCGGCUCAUAUUAUCUACAGAGAUCUAAAGAGCGAGAACGUGCUCGGCUGGCGGUUCCCGGCGCCAUUUAGCCCUCAAACCGAUGUGCUUCUGAAAUUGGGAGAUUACGGCAUUUCGAGGUCGGUUCUCCCAUCGGGCGGCGCAAAAGGAUUCGGAGGAACCGAGGGAUUUAUGGCUCCGGAAAUUGUGAGAUUCAACGGAGAGGAGGAAUACACACAAAAAGUUGAUUGCUUCUCAUUCGGAAUGUUCCUUUAUGAGCUCAUAACAUUGAAAUUACCGUUUGAAGGAGAAGAGCACGUCAAAGAGAAAAUGCUCGACGGCGCGAGACCCGUCUUAUUGCCGCAUGAACUUCUUUUGCCGACGCCAAUGCUUGAUCUACUUGUUCAUUGCUGGUCGGCGAGGCCCGAAGGACGACCGUCGUCGUCGCAACUCGUCGGAUUUUGUGCGGCUCCCGAAUUCACACAUCUUCUCGACGUCGUUGAGCUCUCCGAGGCACUCCCUCCUAGUCAAAUGCUCGCCGUGCCGAUAUUUGACGACAUCGAUGAUCCGGAUGAUUUUGAAGCGCAACUAUGGCUCAGCGGCAAAGAGAUGACGGUGCUCGGCUGCACACAAUACGGGUUCGUCGAGAAUCGCUCGAUUGCGAUGCCGUUUCGCGCCAAAUUCGCCACACGCGUUCGUGAUUCGAUAUGGUCUUGCGACGAAUGCGGACAGGUGACCGUCUACGCGGUGUCCCUUCACGAGACCGGGCAUUUGCAGUUGCCAUCGCUGAAUGGGUCGCUGAUUCGAGCUCCGGAACUUCUUACCAAUGACGUCCUUCUGCUCGUCUCGGAUCGUCAACUAGUAUUGCUAAAACUAUCGGAAACCAACUCGGUAACUCUUCUCGGCACUUUUGAUAGUCCCUAUGAAAUUCGCACGGCCACCGUUAUCGAGAACUCAGCAACGCGUCAAAUAUGGGCGGGACACGCCGAUGGCCGAAUAUCGAUCCAUCAUCUCGCGUCCAACGACAAAUUCUCAUUCUCGUCCAGCUUGUACCUUCCCGAAGCCGAUUGCGUUGUCAAGGAGAUGCUCGGCAGCAAGGACGCAUCGAGAGUAUGGGUGUCGGUCGAGAAGAGCUCGAAAGUUUCGUGCAUUGACGUUGAGAAGCGCCAAGUUACCGCUUCGUUGGAUCUUCGCAAAGUGAUGCCCGGCAGCGAAACAAUUCACACGAUCGACAUGGAAAUUAGCAGUCAAAACAUGGUGACGUGUAUGGGAUUUCUUGAAAGGAAUGAUGGAGACCAAUUGUAUAUUGGGACAUGCAAGGGCCUCAUUGUGGUGGCACAAGCGGCUACGCUACAACCAUUAUCGGCUUGCCGGCCGUAUGAGGGAGAGAUAGUGUCGAUUUGCAUAAUCGAGGAGCCCGUGAGGGAAGAAGAUCGCGAUAGUGUUCGUGGUAGGACCACGUUGAGCACAGCGUCGUCGGAAAGUGGUUUGGGUUGGGUUCGCGAACGCGUCAGUGAGACGGUGGAUCGAUUCCGAUCAACGCCGGCUGCUGUCGAGCAGCAAGGGGAAGCGCUUCUAGUAACAAUUGGAAGGCAAUUUAGAAGCCUUUCUCAUCGAUUUGUCGCAGAACAGAAACUCGCCGAUAUGUAUUCUAUAGGGGUUUGGAGAACAGAUGAAUGGACCCUUUAA